CACAAAGCCAAUGGGACCGCAGAUAGAGAUAAGUGUAUUCUUGUAUUAUUAUAGAGAAGGAGUUUUAGAAACACCCCUAACAAGCUGAAGUAGAAGUUACACCACUAAAUUUCCCAUGAAAAGUUAGAUGAAAAGAUUGUCAUAUGCAAGAGUUAAAACAAACCUAGGAUACUGGAAUAUGUUUCAUUUCCAAAAAUGGAAUACAACAAAAUCCAGUCAACAAAUAAGUCACAUUCAGUAGGCAAGGACAUAUCACUUUCAACAUAGGACAAAUAUCAUUUUAAUGGUAUUUUAAAAAUUCAAUAACACAUGUGAAACUGCAAGAGGAAGUUAUUUAAUUCACAAAAAGGAUUGUAUGCACUCAUAAAAAAGAUAAAACUCAAAGGGUAUUAUAUGAUGAAGCUUGAUAUCAGCCCAGUUUUGUUUUGCCACAUUUUGAUUCUUACUAUUCCAAUAAUGCAUGGAAGGAACAGCCAUGAUGAUGACAACUCUUGUGCAAAAUAUGUGAAGGACAACAUCACAGUGAGUGCAAUAUGGUAUGACCUGCCACCCUUGAUACACUUGGAAGAUGACGAAGACAAAGAGAUGAAAGGCCUACUGGCAUCUCUUAUUGACCAAGUCAUGAAUAAAUGCUAUGGAAAUGUUACUGUGACUUAUUGCCACCAGGGGUCAGACCAGUACAGUGUGUUACAAGAGUGGACUAAUGAGACUAUAGCAGUUCCAAUGAGGAGGAGUGUGGCUGAACAGGUAUUUCAGUUGCCAGAUGAUGAUGUGCUGUUUGUCCCUCUGAUCAAGUCACCAGGUUUCAUCUACUUAGGAAGACAAGAUGAAGACAUAAAUCCCAUAGGUGCUGCAAUAUUCCAGGCCUGGCCAUUAGCCCUCAUUAUCCUUCUGGCCGCUUGCUUUGCUGGGAUCAUUAUUUGGAUUGCAGACAGGCUAAAGAAUCCAGAACAAUUCCCCAAAAAAUUCAGCAGUGGAUAUGUGGAAGGCAUAUGGUGGGCCUUUGUUACCAUGACAACAGUAGGCUAUGGAGAUGUUGUCCCUAAAUCCCUCUUAGCUAAAUUCUUUGGUACCAUCUGGAUCAUGACUGGCAUUGUUCUUGUCACAUGUUUUACUGCUACAUUAACUACAUCACUGUCAGCUGACCAGCUUGCCAACAAUGUCCCUAUUGAUUUAAAAGGGGCAAUGGUUGGUGUAUUGGAUGGAACAGAAGCAGCCAUGUUAGCAGAGGGACUUGGGGCCUCCGUGACAGUGUGUGACAAUGUUGUUUGUCUUAUGAAGAAACUACAUGACAACGCAAACAUCACUGGUAUAAUGCUAGAAUUUCACACAGCUUUACACGAAUUACACGGAGGGAAUCUUCAGUAUGUGAAGAUGAUCCCACAAGAGGCUAUGCUGGGCUUUUACAUAAGGAAUGUACCCAGAAGUAGAACCAAGUGCUUUUCUAAAUAUAUCCGGCAACACCAGCAAAAGUUUGAUCCUACAGAUGAGCCAGGCAAGAAAAAGCACUGGUCAGGAAAGUCUGCAGAUGUUGCCAAGUCCCUGAUGGAGACAGGUGCUACCUUAACCAUCUUAAUUGCUGGUUGGGCUUUAUGGCUGUUUAUUGUGCUGGUCAUCCUAGCAUGGGAAUGCAUUCACAAAGGCCAUUUCAGGAAGGAAAAAAAUGCUUCUGAAUCUGAGGAAGCUCCAAAGAAUCGAUCUGGGAGUCAAGUUAGCACAGUUUCUAUGGAUCCAUUCAUAUAAGAUAGGGACAUAACUAUUUGACUUCAAUCACAAACUUGUAAGCUGUAAGUGGCACUGGUGCUAACAAUGUGCAGUCAAGAACAGAGGAUUGUUGUUGUUUUUUUAAUUAAGAAGAAUGGACAUAAAUAACUUGUCCCUGCACUUGUACACACGAAGUAAGUUGAAACGUGCAAUGAUGAUAAAAGAGACCAGUCAGUGGCUUUCCAGAUAACUGUGCAAUGGUUGUAUCUGUAGUGUGUCCUUAAAACUGACAUGGCCAUGACUGACAUGGUGCCAAUCUUCAUCAAUUUAGAUAUUUCCUCUCUAGCAUAGAUUGUGUGUGCCAUUGUUGCUUGUGUGCAGAUGAGAAAGAACCUCUGCAGGUGAUGCUAUAUAAGAAAAAAUGUAAACUAAUUUUAAUGGUUUCUUCCAUUCUUUAUUGCUCUACAACCACAUACCAUAUUCAACCAUAGACAACUACAAGAAUCAAUUAAGCAUCUGUUUAUGUGCAAAAGGACACUUUUUGAAUUGAAUAGGUGAAACUGACAAAGCAUGCCAGUGUUUACAAUCUGGAUGAGUGGAAUUUAUUUGCUUUUUGGUUUUCAUUUGAAAGUAUAUAUAGCGAAUGUUUAAGGUGAAUGCAUAUAAAAUGUAAAUCCAUUACAUUUUGCUAAAAAACAACAUUUAUUUCGUCCAUAUUUUAGGGGGUUCCAUUUGUAUUUAUAAAUCUUCACUUCAGGAUUUUGAAAACAGAAUUACAGGACUUAACCACAAGCAAGAGGAUUUUCCAUCAUAGCAUACAGUAUACUAAAAUUGCACCUGUAAUCAGAACGCUUAUUUGGUUUAUUAUUGUCUGCAUUCAAAGCACUUGCUUACUUGGAGGUAGUCAUUGUUGCAAAAAUGCACAAAACGUUCUGCGCAUGUGUACAUAGACUCAGAAAAUACACAAAACUGUUUGUAUAUGUGCAGUUAAGCUUGAUGUAAUCUUCGGCCUGGGCUUUGGAUUCUUUCAGCAGACUUUGCCAAAAUCAAUAUAGGCCAACAAAUUUUUUCUUUAAAGAUUUCCGGACUAAAAAAAUAUAUUUUCCAUAUUGAUUGCUCAAACUUUCAAAUUUCCAGAUUAAAUCGACAAUUUCUGGAUGGGUAGUCAGCUCUGUAUUUAUAAGGCCACCCCAUGUCUUCUUGUAAACAUUUGUGUUUAUGAAGACUAAGAGCGCAUUCUCAA